UUUACACACAUCUUCUCCUCUGCUUCUGCUCUUACUUUGUCACCAAGUCAACAAUUAAUAAUGUCUGCUGAACAAGAUAUCGAGGCCAAGUACCAGGCAUCCACUCCAGCACCCGUCGUUGCUGCGCCUGUGACAAUCGCUAACCCAGGUCCUCUUGGUCUCUGCGGUUUCGCUCUGACCACUCUGGUCCUUUCGCUCCACAACGCCAGCGCCGGCAUGCCCACCGGAUCGCCCAACAAUGUCGUCGUCGGUCUCGCCUUCUUCUACGGUGGUUUGGUUCAGCUUCUUGCCGGUAUGUGGGAGUUCCGCACUGGCAACACCUUUGGUGCCACUGCCUUCUCCAGCUACGGUGGCUUCUGGCUGUCGUACGCCAUCAUGUUCAUCCCCGGUGCCAACAUCCAGGCUGCCUAUGACGAUCAUCCAGGCCUCUUGGCACACUCGCUCGGUAUCUACCUCACCGCAUGGGCUAUCUUCACCGCCUUGAUGUUGAUUGCUGCCCACCGCUCGUCGGUUGCCAUGAUUGCUCUGUUCUUCUGCUUGACCAUCACCUUCAUCCUGCUCGCGGCCGCAGACUUCCACGGCAGCAACGGCGCAAAGGUUGCCGGUGGUGCCUUGGGCGUCGUCACAGCCUGCAUUGCCUGGUACAAUGCUUUGGCCGGCCUCUUGACCAAGGAAUCAUCCUACUUCCUGCUCCCCACGGGCCCAUUGUCAUAAAUGACCCUGCCCCGCCCAUGCGUUCUUUGUCUCUCUUUGUCUCUCUUUCUUUAUUAAUCUAGAUGAAGCAAAAGGAAAAACUAGAGGACACAAAGAAAGCUGCGCCUUCCCGCCCUCUAUUUUUUCUUCUUUUUUCCAUUCUAAGUAGUACUACCACCUUUUUCUUACUUAUACAAUUCCCUCUUUUAUAAAAACUGUGGAGAUAUUAUAUCCCCCCCCACAUCUUUUUGUGGGCCAUCCCUUCUUUUUCCAACCCGAGUUUCUUACUUAAUUAUAUUAAUAAUAAUAAUACUAUUCUCUCUCUCUCUUUCUAAGCUCUACAGUACCAUGUCCUCUACUUACAGGAUCCCAUACAACAAUCAACCAUGUAUCACGCGUCUUGUGUAAGGGUGCCUCAGAAA